GUGUGCAGUAAUGAUCUGAAGUGUGUGUGUUACCUUGGCUGGGCUGGAGACGACUGCAACUCCACGUCUCCGCUCAGUUAUCUUGUGGUGGGACCGACUGCCUCAGUUUCAGGUAUCACCAGUACAAACAUCAUCAUCGGGGCCAUCGUGGGCUCCAUCCUCUUCCUCGCGCUCAUAAUGGCUGCUACAGCCUGGUGCUACAAGAGCUAUAAGCAGAGAUGCUAUGUGGAGUCUGAGGUUCACCGAAGAUUCUGCCGGCAAAUGCCCCCAGGUGACUAUGUAACAAAGCCUGGGGACGCAGAUUCCUUUUACAGUGACAUGCCUCCGGGUGUCAGCACAAACUCCGGCUGCAGCUCCAAGAAGAGGUCAGCCUGCCUGUCGCACCUGCAGAUUUGCACCCUGUCCUUCACUCCCUCCAUCCCAUCCAUAGCACACAUCUCACUGUUUGGCUUCAG